CUCAUAGUCGGUGUUCUCAUAGCCGUUCAGACCCAAGGGAGUUGGCUGAACCAUUCCGGGGCGCCUCCAGGAGAAUCCAGUCAUUUGCGCAGGAGCAUUGGCCAUGCGAGGUGUUCUUGUGUUGCUUGCCGCCGCUGUCAACGGUCAAGCACCUCAGUCAGUAUCUGACGUCUGCGUCUACAACGACGGAGCAUUUGCACUGAAAUGGCAUUUGAAAGAUGCUGACACUGGCAAGACGUCUUCUGAAUCGCCAUACUACGAUGUAGGUGAGGUACGCUGUAUGAAAGCAACGGCGCUCGGAAGUAUCAGCACUGGCGCAUCAAUUGUACCAGUUGUUCGGGCCCUCUUAGGCAAAGAGGUGACUGCCUCAGACACUGUCAUCUACGACUCUGGAAACGUGUCUCAAGUCACAUAUACUUGCCGUGGCACUACUCUUGACUACUCCUGCAAGCCAGGGCCAGCACCUACGCCUGCAAAGAACGUCACUUCGAACAUCGGCGAUUUCAUCCUUGGCUUUGCUGAGGGGCUUGGAAAGGACAUUGGCUUCGCUGCUUGCAUACAGGAUGUGAACCAAACGUAUCAAGAUAUCCGAGUAAUCGUCGAUUUCUUUGAGCACGGUUUUAAUCACAAGGCACCUGCUUCUAUUGCUAAGGCAUUCGAGCUUAUCGGUGGCAUGAUCAAGGAUUUCGGCAAUGCAAUCACCGUCUGUGUGAAGGAUGCCGCGGAAUUGGCCGCAAAGAUCAAGAAUCUUGCCGCAAUACUCAGUGGCAACGUGGGGGACAUCAUUAAAAUCAUUGUGCAGGAUGUGGUGCAUAUCUAUCAUGAGCGCCGGGAACUGACGGAUGACUGCAAGGCAGUCGUGUCUGAUUGGCAUGCGGGUGACUUCAAGGGCUCUGGGAAGGCAGUGGGAGACAUCGUGGGUGUCAUUCUCGGCGGCCUUGAGCAGUCCGGCAUGUUGGUGGUGUAAAUGCGCACCAGGAGGUUGUUGCAUGACGUAUUUCGACUCUCAAUCAGCUCACUGACCAUCGCAGUGCACGCCUAUGCCGAGCUACUUUUGAACUCGAGAUUUCAAACGUGACGAGGGCUUACGUUUAAUUACACGAGUGACUGCGUAAGACAUUUCUUCGUGCCGGUGGGAGAGCAGAGGCGUCUGUAUCUAGGCGGUGCGUGCGUUUUACCGGGUGCACGCUGGAGACAACACAUCAUUUGGGCUCCGUCCCUUUUGUUCGCGUCCGAAGGGCUCUGCAUUGGAG